AAAGCAUUUCACAGAAUCAACUGGUCAACGCCGCUUAAUAAAGAGAAUUAAAUUUCUGGAAUAAAAAAAAAACCAAACAACACAAAAAUUUACUAGACUCGUAAAACAAAAAAAGCUAUAAAAAAAGAAAGUGUUUCUUAACUGAUCUAAGAAAGGAUUAUUUAAAAGAUAAACUAUGCACUUCCAACCCAGCAUUGCCUUUCGGCUCACCCUCUUCUUGGCCAUUAUCACUUUCAAGCAGAUAGCAGCAGCACCCGCAUAUAAUGACAUCGAUCGGAUUAUACAAUCGCCCGUUGGUUCAAUUGAUCGUCUGGAUGAUGACUACUACAUAAGCUAUGACCGCCCAUUAGAUCGUCAACCCAAAUAUCUGAAUAGUGAAUCCAUAAAGCCGGGCUAUUACUACAUAGACAAUGGCGCCAUUACGCCAGUCAGCAGACGUGAUGUAUACAGUGGACAAAGACGUCAGGAUACGCUGAGUAACUCCGAUGAUGCGAGCAAUUUGUCGAAUGGCGUCAAAUUCACCCCCCUGGUGCGCUACAAACAAACCGAAACCAGACACAAGAAGUUAUUUGUACCCAAUUUUUUUGGUUAGAAAUGGUUAAUCGAAGAAAAAUGAAUCGAUUUUCAAAUUCUGCAUAAAGAGAGUACAGACUGUGAUUUUCUUUAGAUGUU